UGGCAGGCUAAACACAGGGUGAUCGUGUGAGUCUCUCUAUGAUGUCAUCAAUAAGCGACUGAGCCGCACAUGGCAGCCUGCUAAAGUUUGGACGGCACUUGCUAAGGGUCAGUAUGGCCAGGCAGUGGUCUGAGGGCCACUCCACUUCCAUCCUGUGUGUCGGGGCGUCUCCGGGCCCCGAGGGUCUUCUCGCUUCGGGCUCUGAGGGUGGCGAGGUCACAGUGUGGAGCCAAGAGGGAACCAUCAUCGGCCGCCUCACUCUCCCCGGUGAAGACGACAGCACGAGUGUUGUGUUCUCACCUGCAGCUCCGAGCCAGCUGUAUGUGUCACAUGGAGACACGGUGAGCGUCCUCGACCCCAGAAACCUGAAGGGCCUCGUGGAGGAGUUUCAGGGUGCAGGGGAGGAGGAGAUCAAUGCUUUAGCACUGAAUGAGACGGGAUCCGCCCUGGCGGUGGCUGAUGACUCUGGGGCUGUGCGGGUGCUGGAGCUUCCUGGGGGAAAAGUGUUCAGGACUCUGCGCAGACACACCAACAUCUGCUCCUCUGUGGCUUUCCGGCCUCACCGGCCCAACAACCUGGUGUCUGUCGGACUGGACAUGCAGGUGAUGCUGUGGGGUCUGCAGAAGACCCGCCCUCUGUGGACUCUCAACCUCCAGGACGUAGCAGAGGAAGAAGAUGACCAUCAGCAGCGCCCUGGUCAGCUUUUCAACCCACCUCUGGCCCACUGUGUGUCUGUGGCGAGCUGUGGAAACAUCCUGGGUUGUGCCGCAGAGGACGGACGGGUGCAUCUGAUGCGAAUCGGCAGCGGAUCCAAACUGGAGCAGCAAGGAGCUUUCAAAGCUCACAGUCAGGGAGCCUCACAAGCUCACUUUGUUAGUUUCCUUUCCCACCCAUACUGGCUCAUCAGUGGGGGUAACGACAGCCAUGUCGCCCUGUGGGACCUCAGUAAGCACCCGGUGGUGGCUCCAGAGGGCAAAAGUCAAGCGACAGGACCCCAACGCAGGAAAGGCAAGAGCAAGGCAAAGAGAAAAGAGCAACACCAGGAUAAAGUGAAGAGCCCACAGAAGGCUGAGGCAGAGAAAGGGGAGGAUGAAGCAGCAGGGGGUGCAGAGGAGGCGAUGGAGGAGAAGUCUGGACCCAAACUGAGCAUCAGCCAUGGUGACAAGGUGAACUGGCUUUGCCCUGCUGUGCUGAAAGGAGAACCAAGUGUGAUAGUGGCUGAUCAGAGCUCCAGUCUGACUGUUUAUUCUCUGUCCCAGGUGUAGAUUCAAGCACUUUACACCUCAGUCUUUAGUUUUGGUCAGAGCAGUACAUUAUUUUCACUUGCCAAACUUUUAGAUUACAAUUUUUUAAAAUUCUUUAGAGAAUACACUCCUUUUUAUUGCUGUUUGAACUGGUAUCAUCAAUGUAUGGACUUUAUGGCUAAAUGAUGCUUGGCUUGUCUUUUUUUUUAGCCAGCAUUCCUUUCAGAAAGCCCAAACUGUUGACAUAAAACAAAAUCUCUACAGCAGCAGACAAACAUCACAAUAAUGAGAUUUAUAGGACAGUUCAAGCAGUAUUUAACAAACUAAAUAUAUAAUUGUUUUUGGGGUUUAACUCUGUUGGGUUUUUUGUGUGAGGUCCUAUAAAAGUGUCACCCUUUGAAAUGCAUGUUUUGUUUGUCUGACACGGGAUUCAUUAUAUUUUUGUAAAAUUAUGCAUUUUUCUGGCCUGUAUAGCAACCACAUCUGAUGAAAGAAAAUGAAUUUCAUUUUUAGUUAA